UUUCCGCCGGGGGGGGGGGGGUAGUUUUACAUUUCUAGGGAAUUCACUAACCGUGUACACAACACCCAAAUUCCAUUGCUUCUGUCCACCUCGAUCUCUCUAGGGUUUUCCUCUCCCAUUUGUGUCGGCUUCGUCCCCUUCCUCUUUGUUGCCAUCUAUCGCCGAAGUUGAGCCCUGACUUGUGCUUCGUCGCCAUCCCCGACUUCUUGUGAGUCUUCAUCCACCGCCAAAGAUGAGCUCCGUAUUGGGCUUCGUCGCCAUCUCUAUAGAAGACCAACUCUGACUUCGUUUUCGUCACCAUCUCCACAGAAGACUAUCUUCGAUUUCGAGUUUUAGACCACCGACACAUCUUCAUCUUCUUCCACGUGAGCGAUUUUGGUCUUCGACCAUCGAUCUGGAGUUUUCGUCCACUGGAAGCGAUCUUGGUCUCUUUUUCAGUGAGCGAUCUUCGUGUUCGCCAUCUCUACCGAAGUUGACCUCUGAUUCUGACUUGCAAACCGCUGUUCAUCCUCGUUGCCAUCUUCGUCCACGGAACUUGAACUACCAAAACAUUGGGCACUUAAAUGAUGGGAGAAGUGAAAUUUAUACAGGAGGAGGAUGUGCGAUUGGAGACUACGCGGGCUAGAUUUUUUGGCAGUUUCAAAUGUCCUGCAAAGGCAUGGAAAAUUGACAGAACGCCUUUCAAGGGAUUCUGACAAGAUGAUAUUUGAGCGCUUGCAAAAGGAGUUUGAGGCUGCACGAGUUGUUGAAACUCGAGAAAUUUAUUUAGAUGGGGAACAAUGGAAUGAUGGGUUAUUGGCUACAAUAAGGGAGCGAGUUCAUAUGGAGGUUGAAAGAAAGGCUAUGUUGGGAGAUCCAAACAUACUUCCAGCUCUUGAUUUCCAUGAAAAAAUUACUUAUAAAGUUGGAAAUAAGGUGAUCUGUUGUCUAGAAGGAGCAAGGAUUGGCAUACAAUAUGAGACAUCUUUUGCUGGGGAACCUUGUGAAAUGUACCACUGUGUGCUUGAGAGCAAGUCAUUUCUUGAAAAGAUGACUGUUCUCGAGCACACAGUUCCUUUCUUUCUGCCAAUAAGGGAAGCUGAAAAUGAAUUUCUUUCUUCCAAUGCAAUGAAAUUUAUCGAUCAUGUUGGAGAAUUAUUGCAGGCUUAUGUGGAUAGGCGGGAGCAGGUUCGACUUAUCAAGGAGUUGUAUGGCAAUCAGAUCAGAGAGCUUUAUCAUAGUCUUCCGUACCAUAUGAUUGAAUUUUUGUUACAUGAUUCUGAUUGCAAAGUAAUCGUCAGUCUUAGAUAUGCAGACCUUGUCUCAGUGCUUCCUACUCGAGUUAGUGUCUUGGCAUGGCCAAUGCACCAAUCUAAGAAAUCUUUAACUGGUCCAGCAACAUUGAGCAGGAAGGACAGUGGAGUAUCAGGAAGCCAAUCGGAUCCAGCACGCCUAUCUUACGCAGAGGAUGCAUUAAGAACCAUGAGUUUACCAGAAGCAUAUGCAGAGAUUGUGUUGAACCUUCCCGAAGCUAUUAAACAAGCAUUUCCAGGCGGGAACUCUCCUUAGAAGUCGAUUUCUUCUUGGCUGGAAAAUUCUGACUUGUAAAACUAUUAUUUGUACUUGAAUAGCUCUGGUCCUUCAAGUAUGGCUUUUUGCUUAAAUAUGUGAAGACUGGAAUGAAUUUCAUCACCA